AUGCACUCCUUAAACCCUUCCACUCUUUUAGCUUUGAGAUCGUUUCGUACUAUGCUUUCGCCAGCACAUCCUACUUCCUCCUCAAGCUUUGAUGAACUGGCAGAGAUUGUGAGAGAGUACGAGGCCAAUGAGAAGGUCAUGGCGAAAGCUGUAGUGCAUGUAAUCAUACAGCCCAUACUGUUGCAUUGGCCGAAUGUAAUGUCUCUUGUGCACAUCUUGUGCUCCGAUCCUGGAAUUAUUCUGGAACAAGAGAGCCAGGGCAACGUUUCUGUGCCAUCAUCGCAGUGCACUGGCAUAGAGGUGUCAAGCUGGGAUGAACCUGCUGCACCCUUCAAGGAUAUGGAUGUCUACCUCAACUACUUUGAUGAAGAUGGGGAAGAUAUCACUCAGCCAAAUUCACCCAUACAGUGGAAUGCCUCUUUAAUGCUUGGAUGGUACCUCCCAGUGGUUGCGAAGACAUCGAGAGUUCCGAAUUCAACCUUGCACCACAUUCCCCGGGCAUCUGAUGAACCGGAGCAAUCUGAAGACCCAAGGCGAUUGGAUCAUUCAUUGUCUUACACGGUGCCAGUGCACACAUUACAGAGCGUUGUUGGGAUGCAGGACAAGCAACUGUUAUUCGUUGCUCAGCAGCCAGAACACAAGUUAAAGUAUCAGCAGAAAAGGCCAAUCCACAGCCAGUGCCAAACAUCCCCAUCCCAGAUGCAACCACAUGCAAUCACCUCCACAUCUGCAACACCUCCUGCUCCUGUCACCAAUACAAGCACCUCAUGUGCACAACCCCCUGACAAGCAGUCGAAAUCCAUCCCAUUGUGGGUCCAUUUGUUUAAUUCAUCCUUGUAUAUCUAUCUCUCAUCGCUUGUGUACUACUAUUGUUUGUGUUCCUUCGAUAUUACCUCGAAUAUCAAACACUUUGAAACUCCUGAACAUUUCAGGCUUGUAAUUGGGACGCAGCGACCGCACAACCUUGCCUGCCCACCAAAUUUCCUGGUCGUUGAUCUCCUUCAGCUCUUUGGCAAUGUCGAGCAACCAUUAAAUUUGAGAGCCUUGUGGGUGUUCACGAUGAUUGUGCUGCGGUUGAUGGCUUCUUCAAUGGGGAAAAGUGUUUCUCCGGGAAUCUAA